UAGGGAGGAUGCUUUAACACCUCAAAACCAAACUUUUGCAUAGUGUCGACAGUGUGGGCAGACGUGCAUCAUCAUGCGAGAUCACAACGCCCUCAGAUAGCGGUCCUCUGUGUUUGAUCCGAAGUUUCAGCUCUUCAAUAAGCAUCUCACUGUAAUGAGCACUGUUUAUUCUAGAACCUUUUUUUCCCCAAUUCUUUGGAGAAUACUCUUGAGAAUCCCAGAAAACUGUAAGCAUACUUUUCCAGCUGAAACUAUCGCUCCAAAUUUUGUUAUCCACAGGCUUCUGUUUACGCUCUUCCGUGAGCACCAGAAAUCCAGGAUGAAAGGGUUGUACUGCAAGCCGGGUGAAGCCAAGGAGCUGACGUUUAUUAUACAGGAGACAAAUAUAGAUGCAACUAUUGGUGAUCAUCAAGUCAAAGUUCAAGUCAAAGCGUGUUCACUCAGUCCUGUGGACAUUAAGCUGUGUGAGGAUUUAAAGCUGCAAAGGGAACAUGUCCCGGUUGGUCGAGAGAUAGCCGGAGUCGUGCUCCAAGUGGGAGCCAAAGUGACCUUCUUUCAGCCCGACGAUGAAGUCGUAGGAAUUCUUCCCCUGGAUGCUGAGACGUCUGGCCUUUGCGACGUCGUCCUGGUGGAUGAAUAUAAUUUAGUUCAGAAACCUGAGAAGGUUAGCUGGUUUCAAGCUGCCGGGGCAAUUAAGGAUGGUCUCAGGGCCUACACGGCGCUACACACUCUGGCCCGCAUGGCUGUCGGACACACACUGCUUGUACUGGAUGGGGCGAGUCCAUUUGGAGUGCUGGCCAUCCAGCUAGCCCAUUACCACGGGGUAAAAGUCCUCACUACAGCAAUAUCUCCAGAAGACCAGAAGUUUUUAGAGCAGCAGCGACCGAGUAUAGGUGUGCUGGAAUCACUCAUAGCCAGGGUGAUUGGAGUCUGGGACUCAAAAGUGGACCUGGUGGACUCGUGCCUUGAAGAGACUGGAGGACUUGGGGUGGACAUUGUUAUUGACGCAGGAGUGAGACUUUAUGAGGAAGAACCUGAGGGCAAGCAAAAUGUCCCACACAAGCACGACAUCAUCUCUCUCCUUGCAGUUGGGGGUCACUGGGUAACUACAGAAGACAACUUGCAGCUGGAUCCUCCAGACAGUCGCACUCUUUUCUUGAAGGCCGCCUCCGUCUCGUUUUUAAAUGAAGAAAUGUGGGAAGCAUCCAGGGCCAGACAGGGACGAUAUCUCCAUAUAAUGAAGGACGUGGUGGAGAAGCUAUCGACAGGGAUUUUCAGGCCAGUGUUGGAAAACCCCGUGCCGUUGUACGAAGCCACGGUUUCUAUGGAGAUGGUGCAGAGACGACAAGUCAGGAAGCGAGUUGUGGUGAAGCUUUAAACAUCCCAGAACUACGUGUACAAAGUCCAGCAUUCCCAGAUCAACUGUUUGAAAAUAAAGACAAAUACGCCGAUUUAUUUUCAGCAGUCAUUAAUAUUAAUGUGCAUAUUUCUGACAGAUUGCAAAAUGUAUAAAUAACCUAUACAAAUGUUGCUAUAUUAAAUAUUUUAUAAUGAUUGUUAUAAAAACCGCUUGUCUGAUUUGUUUGUGGUGUUAAUAAAAAAAGCAAAAUAAAAAAAUAUAUAAUGAUUCACAGAAUUUUUUUUAAAGAGAUAAAAGAGGUAGCACCACAAUAAAAAACAACAAUGUGUCUUGCUUUAUAUACUUAUGGUAUCAAUAUUCAUUUUGGGGGAUGACUUGACUAAGUAAUCACAUUUUUCCCAUUCAUUAUAUUCAUGACUGACUAUCGCAUGCACUUUCUCAG